AUGUACGAUUACGGAGAAGAUAGCGAAGCGCUGUUGCUGGCUACACGUGUGCUUAUGCGCAGUAUUAAAGACUCCAAUACCAAGUACAGACGCAUGGUGAUUGUGCCACAGGACGGACUACAGGAAAGUAGUGAGAAGGCUCUCAAGGGAGACGAUGCAGACGUGGAGAUCGUACACACUUCUAUCCCCAACGUGUUUGCACAUAUGCCACUUACCGACCACCGGACGCAACUGAUGCACAUGCGGAACAAAUUAGUGAUCUGGGACGAUCCACAGAUUUCAUCGCUUCAGCGUGUGGUGUAUUUGGACCCAGAGAACCUGGUGUUACGCAACUUGGACGAGAUUUUUGCCUGCCAUCAAUUUUGUGCCGUGGAUAACGGCCAGUCGGUCGUAUAUUCUAAUGGACUGCUCGUUAUAUCUCCAGACAGUAUUGCAGUACGAAACUUGUACUCAGAUGCAAUUGAUGGCUUUAUGAUCACGGGUCGUGAGUACAAUUACAUUGGUAUCACCCAGGGCUUUAUGCCUGGCCUUUUUGAGGCCUUUGAGGAAAGUCCACUGUUUUUUCUUGAAUGGGAUGGCGACGAAAAUGAAGAAGAAAGUGAUGAAUUAGAUAGUGGCGAUAAUACAGAGGAAGCUGUGGACAAUUCUGUCGUCCUUGUCCACCGCUUGCCAUUCUACUACAGUAUCAAUCACAUGGUCUUUUAUGAACGUAUGAACUGGGACCUGUACAAAUGUGAGGACAAAAAUUUGGCUACAGGGGAGAUUCCUGGACCAUUGCUAAGUUACAAGUAUAGUGGUGCUACGUUAAAGCCUUGGUUCUGGCUGCCGUACACGUAUUUCCAGGUGUUUUGGUACUGGCAGGAUGUGCGCGACCGCCUUGGAGAAGACCACUUUGGCUUCUUUCUAGGCAAGGUGAUUUCUUUCUUGGUGAUUUUUACUUUUAUCUGGCUUGCCUAUGUUUCGCUCUGUCUGAAGUUGGUUACCGAGCCUGAUGGACGUCAGCGACGUUUAUCGAGUUUGGGUUUGCCUACUCCUGGCAACGCACAGCCGAUAACAAUAGAUGUGUUCAAUUCGCGAAUGGUACGCCAAGCCUGUCAGUUUUCAUGCAGCGUGUUGUAUGUUGUUGCAUCCAUGCCACUGGUGUCGAGCGUCUGUAUCGUCGCACUGCUCACCCUGUGCAGCAUUUACAUGAUCCCUAUCACUAUGCAACCUAGCUACGCAGGCAAGCUGUGUCUUAUUGUACACGAUCUGAUGCUAACCACGCUGCUGCUGGUAUUUGCGGUGGCGCACACGUUGCGUACCGCGCAGUGGAAGAAAGACGAAGUGCCUGCCACAUCAGAGCUCUUAUUGGGUGGCGUCUGGUGGUGUGUAAAGAAGCUUCCGCUGUUGGUUUUGACGCAGCUCCAGUUCCUCUACAUGAUCGGUCGGACUGAUUGGUUUCAGAACCCGGUGCUUCGUCCUAUUAUGACCUGUAUCUUUCUUGCUAUCGCUCUCAUUGUGGAAGGUCGCAUUCUCUUCGUUGAGAUGCACCGUGUCACACGGAACUAA